GCCCGUCCCCCAGAGGCCUCAGGCCUUCAGUGCAGAUUCAGCCAGGCCAGCCACGGUACCUAGGGCAAACUGAGGCCCACAUCGGGGAAGAGCCUGGCCCAAGGGCACCCGCCUAGCUCACAGAACACUCGUGGAGGAGAAGCGUGAUUGUGAGGAUCCUCUAGUCUCAUCAUCCCGUUCUACAGAGCCCAUGGAGGACCAGGGUCUUAUCAUGGGUGGUGUCCUAGGCUGUCACAACUCCAGGUUGGCCUAGAGAUCUUCGAGUCUAACGCCGCCGUAUUUGAAAGGGGAGCUUGGUGACCAUUGAAGGGAAUGAAGACUGACUCCAACCUUCCUCUGCAUGUGGGCAUUACAAAGUCCAGGUUUGCAGCCUCCAUGUCUGGAACAUCAAGCAGUGACCUCUGGCAACCCUAACACAGUUGUAGCCGAGGACCAUUUUUCUCUGGCUUCUAGCUGUGAAAAUCAAAAUUGUCUCUUUUAUCCUGUGUGGUCCUCUCUAUCACGAGUUCAGUCAGAAACUCUUCCCUCUCUGCAGAUCAAAAAGGCACCCGCCCCACUCCCCUCCAGGCCAAUGGGAAGCUUCCAGGGGAGCACCAAGAUGCCAGCCCUCCGAGGCGUCCUAGAGUGGCACCGGAAGCGCCUCCCACCGUCAGGAGGAGCCUGCGGCGCCGGCAGGUCUCGAUGGUCCUCUUCGAGGGAAGGGGCUUUGCGGGACUCCCGGGGUUCGGGUUCCGGAUUUCUAGUUCCUGAGCCAGACACCAUCUUCCAGAUGGAGGAAGAGGGAAAGCUGCAGAUCGUGGAGCCAGAGGAGGUUGAUGAUAGAGACUUCCAGAAGGGAAGCCCCUGCCCAGAUUCUAAGAAUGAAACUGAAAACAGAGAGUCUGUUUCAACACAGGAAGCUUCCAAAGUAGAAUCACAAGGGAUAUCAUUGGUAGGUUUACAAGGGGCCAUUUCCCAGGACUCCAAAAUUGGAGAAAAUUUUGGAUUGGGGGGCAGGUUAGAGGUACAACAGGAAAAGCCAGAAGAGAAAAGACCGGAAGGCUCACGUAACCAAGAGGGAGAUUUUGGUAAUGGGACCACGUGCAUGAGCGUGACCCCCAUAGAAAAUGAAUGUGGUAAAAGCUCAGAUCCUGUUCCACAUGAGACAGAUCCUCCAGAAGAGAGAGCCCAGAGAUGUGGUUUGCAUGAGCAUGGCUGCAGGCUGAGUUCAGAAUACACAAGUAAAUCCAAACCCCACAGUGGAGACAAGCCUCAUAAGUGUAAUCAGUGUGGCAAAGCCUUCAGGAGGAGCUCCAACCUUAUUCAGCAUCAGAAAAUUCAUAGUGGAGAGAAGCCCUAUAAGUGUAAUGAAUGUGGCAAAGCCUUCAGCCGCAGCACAACCCUCAUUCACCAUCAGACGAUUCACAGCGGAGAGAAACCUUAUGAAUGUAAUGAAUGUGGCAAAGCCUUUAUGGCGAGUUCCGCACUUAUCCGCCAUCAGACGAUUCACAGCGGAGAGAGACCCUACGAAUGUAACGAAUGUGGCAAAGCCUUCAGCCGGAAUUCCAUCCUUAUUGAACAUAAGAGGAUUCAUAGUGGAGAGAAACCUUACGAAUGUAAUGAAUGUGGAAAAGCAUGCCGAGGUAGUUCAAAACUCAUUGAACAUCAGAGAAUUCACACUGGAGUGAAACCCUAUGAAUGUAAUGAAUGUGGGAAGACUUUCAGUCAGAACUCACACCUUACUCAGCAUCAAAGAAUCCAUACUGGAGUGAAGCCCUACCAGUGCAGUGAGUGUGGCAAAGCCUUCAGGCAAAUAGCCACUUUCAUUAACCAUCAGAGAAUCCACAGUGGUGAGAAGCCCUACGAAUGCAAUGUGUGUGGGAAAGUCUUCAGGGUGAGGUCCGAUCUCAUUCGGCAUCAGAGAAUUCAUAGUGGGGAGAGACGCUAUGAAUGUAACGAGUGUGAGAAAACCUUCAGUCAGAGCUCUUGCCUUAUUCAACACAGGCGGACUCAUAGUGGGGAGAAACUUUAUGAAUGUAAUGAGUGUGGGAAAAAUUUUAGUCGGAGCUCAAACCUCAUUCAACAUCAGAGAAUCCACAGUGGAGAGAAACCUUAUGAAUGUAGCGAAUGUGGCAAAGCCUUCAGCAGGAGCUCAAACCUUAUUCAGCAUCAGAUGAUGCAUACAAGGCCUAAGUCCUAUGAAUGUAAAGAGUGUGGGAAAGCCUUCCGAGGGAGAUCCAGCCUCAUUGACCAUCUUAGAAUUCACAGUGGAGAGAAACCCUAUGUAUGUCUUGAAUGUGGGAAAGCCUUCAUGCAAAAUUCAAGCUUUAUUAACCAUCGGAGAAUUCAUACUGGAGAGAGACCCUAUAAGUGUACCGAAUGUGGCAAAGCCUUCAGGCAGAGAUCCAGCUUUAUUAAUCAUAAGAGAAUUCAUAGUGGAGAAAAGCCCUAUGAAUGUAAUGAAUGUGGGAAGACUUUCAGGGGAAGCUCAGACCUUAUUAAGCAUCGUAGGAUUCAUAGUGGAGAGAAGCCCUAUGAAUGUAGUGAAUGUGGCAAAGCCUUCCGUGGUAGCUCAGCCCUUCUGGAACAUCAGAGAAUUCACAGAGGAGAAAAACCCUACAAAUGUCAUGAAUGUGGCAAAGAUUUUAGGUGGAGUUCAUACCUUAUUCAGCAUCAGAGAAUUCACAGUGGAGAGAAACCAUACAAGUGCUUUGAAUGUGGAAAAGACUUUAGGGGCAGAUCUCACCUAAUUCGACACCAGAGAAUUCACACAGGGGAAAAACCCUAUGGAUGUAAUGAAUGUGAGAAAGCCUUUAGGGCUAGUUCAGAUCUAAUCCAGCAUCAGAGAAUACACAGUGGAGAGAAACCUUAUGAGUGCCAUGAAUGUGGAAAAGCAUUCAGAUUGAUUUCAACCUUUAUCAACCAUCAGAGAAUACACAGUGGAGAAAAGCCCUACGAGUGUAUCAAAUGUGGGAAAGCUUUCAGAAGGAACGCAUACCUUAUUCGGCAUCAGAGAAUUCAUACUGAAGGAAAACCUUAUGGUUGUCAUGAAUGUGGAAGAGCUUUCAGAGGGAGCUCAGCUCUGAUUGAGCACGAAAGAAUUCACAGAGGAGAGAAACCCCACGAGUGUCCUGAAUGUGGGAAAGCCUUCAGGGCCAGCUCAGUCCUGAUUGACCAUCAGAGAAUUCACAGUGGGGAGAAACCUUAUGGAUGUCAUGAAUGUGGGAAGGCAUUUAGGUGGAGUUCAGAUCUUAUUCAACAUCAGAGAAUUCAUAGUGGGGAGAAACCUUAUAAAUGUAAUGAAUGUGAGAAAGCCUUUAGGAGAAGUUCUGACCUCAUUAAGCACCAGAGAAUUCAUAGUGGAGAAAAACCUUUUGAAUGUAAUGCCUGUGGAAAAGCUUUUAGUGGGAGUUCAAACCUUAUUAGACAUCAAAGAAUUCAUAUUAGAGAAUAAUCCCAUAAACUUAAUGAAUAGAGAUAAGGACUGAACUUUUGAUUUCAGUGGUAUAGGGGACUCCCAGGUGAGUAAACUCCCUCUACUGAAACACAAUAGCACCUUCUCUGCAAUUUACUAAAUGUUAGAGUUGCCUAAAUCACUGAGAGAUUAAUUGAUUUAUCCAAGGUCACAGCCACAAUGUUUGAAAUGGACUUGAACCUGGGUCUUCCAGCUCUAGUCUAUACACAUAUACAUUGUGAGUUAUUCCAUCAGAUAUGUGGCUUUUUUACAUUUGGGGUUGGGAAGACAAAUUGAAAUCCUGACUUACUAGCUCGGUGGCCCUGGGCAAGGCAUUUCAGUCCUGUCAGCCUCAGUUUCCUCAUCUGCAAAAUGAGGGUGUUAGAUGUGGUGGCCUCUAGACCUAGGAUCUUAUGGGAUUAGAGUCUGUUCAUUAAACAAACAUUUGUUAAGCAUCUAACGUGUACAGAACAGUUCUAGGCACGAGAGAUUCUAAAUUAGGAUUUGGCACUUACAUGAUCAUAGGGAGAUAUGGCAUAUAACACAGAGAACUGUAAUACAUGAUGAUGACCUCAGGUUAGAGAGGGUUAGCCAACAAGGGGGGUGUGUGUGUUUGUGUGUUCUCUCGUGUUCGAGUGACUAUAGCAGCUCAUUAAACGUACUAAGGUAUGGGAGGGUCAUGCAUCAGAAGAAGAGGGGCAGGAAAAAUGGCCUGAAGAACGUCCUUACUGUUGAAGUGCCAGUGGAUGGGAGAGGUAUGAAGCGCACAUGGCCUCCCAGUGUAGAGAUGAGUUGGCAUCUGAGCCUCCGGAGAUUUGGCAACUCUCUGUGGGUGCUGGACCAACGUCUUUGUAACCUUCCGUAUGUCUCUUAACUGUCUAAGAAAAGAGCACUUAAUAAAAAGUGUUGAGUUCCAACAUUCCAGGCA